GCGCUGUUCCCGCCAGGCGGGCUCAGGCUCGCAGGGGGCGAGCUCGCGGGACCAUGCUGGCCGCCGGCGGCGGCGGCAGCAGCAGCGGCGGCCCGGCAGGCGCGCAGGCGCAAUCUGCCCGGAGCCUGCGGUUCCCGAGCCCGGCGUGCGGCACCGCCACAGUCUGGGCUCCCCCCGCCGCCCGAGCGCUACUACCAUGAACUGCUCCAUCCUCGCCGGAGCUACUCACCGGCACUGGGCGCGAGACACCUCCCCGGCUGCCCCCAGCCGCCACCGCCGCGCCCCUGCCGCUCCAGAGCCCGGCUCUGCAAGCGCAGGAUGCCGGGCGGCAAGAGAGGGCUGGUGGCACCGCAGAACACCUUCCUGGAGAACAUCGUCCGGCGCUCCAGCGAAUCAAGUUUUUUACUGGGAAAUGCCCAGAUUGUGGACUGGCCUGUAGUUUAUAGUAAUGACGGUUUUUGUAAACUCUCUGGAUAUCAUCGAGCUGACGUCAUGCAGAAGAGUAGCACUUGCAGUUUUAUGUAUGGGGAACUGACGGAUAAGAAGACCAUUGAAAAAGUCAGACAGACUUUUGACAACUAUGAGUCAAACUGCUUUGAAAUUCUUCUGUACAAGAAAAACAGAACCCCAGUUUGGUUCUACAUGCAAAUCGCACCUAUAAGAAACGAACAUGAAAAAGUGGUUUUAUUCCUGUGCACUUUUAAAGAUAUCACUUUGUUCAAACAACCAAUUGAAGAUGAUUCAACAAAAGGUUGGACAAAGUUUGCUCGAUUGACACGAGCUUUGACUAACAGCCGAAGUGUUCUGCAGCAGCUAACGCCAAUGAACAAAGCUGAGGUGGUGCACAAACACUCAAGAUUAGCUGAAGUUCUCCAGCUCGGGUCUGAUAUUCUUCCUCAGUAUAAACAAGAAGCUCCAAAGACUCCACCGCACAUUAUUUUACACUAUUGUGCUUUUAAGACCACCUGGGACUGGGUCAUCUUAAUUCUAACCUUCUAUACAGCAAUUAUGGUUCCCUACAAUGUCUCCUUCAAAACGAAACAGAACAACAUAGCCUGGCUGGUGUUGGACAGUGUGGUGGAUGUUAUUUUUCUGGUUGACAUUGUUUUAAACUUUCAUACAACCUUUGUUGGCCCUGGGGGAGAGGUUAUAUCUGAUCCCAAACUCAUAAGGAUGAACUACCUGAAAACUUGGUUUGUGAUAGACCUUCUGUCCUGUUUACCUUAUGACAUCAUCAAUGCCUUUGAGAAUGUGGACGAGGGGAUCAGCAGCCUUUUCAGUUCCUUAAAAGUGGUGCGACUUCUACGCCUUGGUCGUGUUGCCAGGAAAUUGGACCAUUAUCUGGAAUAUGGUGCUGCAGUACUAGUGCUGUUGGUCUGUGUCUUUGGACUAGUGGCCCACUGGCUAGCCUGUAUAUGGUACAGCAUUGGGGACUAUGAAGUUAUAGAUGAAGUCACUAAUACAAUCAAGACAGACAGCUGGCUCUACCAGUUGGCGUUGAGUAUAGGGGCACCCUAUCGGUACAAUACCAGCGGCUCAGGGCAGUGGGAAGGAGGCCCCAGCAAAGACUCAUUGUAUAUAUCUUCUCUCUACUUUACCAUGACAAGCCUUACAACAAUAGGAUUUGGAAACAUAGCUCCAACCACAGAUGGAGAGAAGAUUUUUUCGGUGGCCAUGAUGAUGGUUGGCUCUCUUCUUUAUGCAACUAUUUUUGGAAAUGUCACCACCAUUUUCCAGCAAAUGUAUGCCAACACCAACCGAUACCAUGAGAUGCUGAACAACGUGAGGGAUUUCCUCAAAUUAUAUCAAGUCCCAAAAGGCCUUAGUGAACGAGUCAUGGAUUAUAUUGUCUCAACAUGGUCCAUGUCUAAAGGGAUCGACACAGAGAAGGUUCUUUCCAUUUGUCCCAAGGACAUGAGGGCAGAUAUCUGCGUGCAUCUGAACCGGAAGGUUUUUAACGAGCAUCCUGCCUUUCGACUGGCUAGUGAUGGCUGCCUGCGGGCCCUGGCUGUGGAAUUUCAGACUAUUCAUUGUGCUCCAGGAGACCUCAUCUACCAUGCUGGAGAAAGUGUAGACGCUCUCUGCUUUGUGGUGUCAGGAUCCCUAGAAGUCAUACAGGAUGAUGAGGUGGUUGCUAUUUUAGGUAGAUUAUUUUCCGAAAAAUCAGCGAUGUCAAGAAGGAAGAAGAGGAGCGUCUACGCCAGAAGAAUGAAGUGACCCUGAGCAUCCCUGUGGACCACCCCGUGAGAAAGCUCUUUCAGAAGUUCAAGCAGCAGAAGGAGAUGCGGAAUCAAGGCACAACACACAUCGACCCAGAGAGGAACCAGCUUCAAGUGGAGAGCCGUACCAUGCAGAACGGGGCCUCCAUCACUGGCACAAGUGUGGUCACUGUGUCUCAGAUCACACCCAUUCAAACAUCUCUGGCUUACGUGAAAACCAGUGAGACAAUCAAGCAGAACAACAGGGACGCAAUGGAGCUUAAGCCAAAUGGCAACCCUGAAAAAUGUCUCAAAGUUAACAGUCCCAUCAGGAUGAAAAAUGGGAAUGGGAAAGGGUGGCUUCGACUUAAGAACAAUAUGGGAGCCCCAGAGGAGAAAAAGGAAGACUGGAAUAAUGUCACAAAGGCGGAGUCAAUGGGGCUAUUGUCCGACGACCCCAAGUGCAAUGACUCCGAGAACAGUGUAACUAAAAAUCCAUUGAGGAAAACAGACUCUUGUGACAGUGGAAUAACAAAAAGUGACCUUCGUUUGGAUAAAGCUGGUGAGACUCGCAGCCCCCUAGAACACAGCCCUAUCCAAGCUGAUGCAAAACACCCCUUUUACCCCAUUCCUGAGCAGGCCUUACAAACCACACUACAGGAAGUCAAACACGAACUCAAAGAGGAUAUCCAGUUGCUAAGCAGCAGGAUGACUGCCCUUGAGAAACAGGUGGCAGAGAUUUUAAAAAUAUUGUCCGAAAAGAACGUGUCCCAGACCUCUUCCCCCAAGUCCCAUUUAUCACCCCAGUUGCCCUCCCAAAUACCUUGUCAAGAUAUUUUUAGUGUUUCAAGGCCUGCAUCACCUGAAUCAGAAAAAGAUGAAAUCCACUUUUAACAUAUACCUAUGUGUAUAUAUGUAUACAGUAUAUAUGCAAUUGUGUAUAUAUGCCUGUAUACGUAUAUAUAUGUGUGUGUGUACAGUAAAUAUAUAUACAUAUAUAUUUUCACUUGCAUCCAAUAUGACUUGAACACAACAAGGAUUUUGAUAUGUAAAUAUUGCAUGUCCAGCUGGAUUCUGGCCUGCCAAAGAAAACAAUUAUUAACAUAGAUAUUGCUUGUAUAAUAUGCAGUUGACUGCAUGCACACUUUACAUUUAUUUAUAAUCUCUAUUAUGUA